AUGUCAGUCGCCAUCCCUCAACCUAGGCCUACACCCACUUCAUCCUCUUCCACCUCUUCACUCGCCACUCGUCCUACAAUGUUACCUAGACAAUCCACUCAAAAUGCAAAAGUCCAACCUCGACCUGCGACGUCAAUCAGUCAACGACCAAUGAUACCUAAACCGUCUUCCUCCUCCUCCUCUUCUUCUAGACCACCUAUAAACCCUUCGACUUCAUCAUCUGCCAAAAUUCCUCUUCCAUCAAAAGCAAACACUUCAUCUGCACCAUCUCCGUCCCCAUCAUCGGCUCGUCCAGCAUUACCUUCCCGUACAUCUUCGACUGUUUCUACACCUACUUCCACUUCCACCUCGACGGCAGCGGUAGCACCGCUCAUGGUCGCUGGGAAAGAUACUUCCUCUUCGGCCGGAAAGAUAUUUGCUAAGCCAAGUAAAGAAUGGGUGUUACCUGAACGUGCAAAACCAGGCAGGAAAGUCAGUGUAGAGGAACCUGAUAAUAAACGCCAAUCCCAAAACCGACUUUCUCAAAGAGCUCAUCGUGCCAGACGGACAGAUUAUAUCCAAACGCUAGAAGAGCGAUUACGACAAUACGAAGCGAAUGAGAUCCAUUCCAAUGUUCGAUUACAAGAGGUGGCCAGGGCACUGAAGACUGAUAACGAAAGAUUGAAGAAUGAACUCAACAAUAUACAAAAUAAGAUGAUAGAGUAUAAUAACGAGAGGAGCGUCUGGGAAAUGGAGAAGAAAUCUUUAGGUGUAUUGGUCAAUCAACUGAAAGUUGAAAUCGAAUCUCUGAAGAAUAGCAAAUCGAUAGGAACGAAUAAUCCUUCAACGACUACUACGACGAUUGUUAGAAUGGAAUUAGAUCAAGACACGAUAGAUUCUUUGGUCCCUGGACCGAGUCCAGUCAUACAGCGAAGACAAUCGUUAACUCAUACUCAGCGGAACUCUUACAGCAAUCAAUCGGUUACAUUGCCCACAGCGUCGUCAACGUCGACCUCGAAUGGUCAGAAGAGAGAUUUGGUGGAUUGUCCAAUAUGUCCUAAUCCAGAUCCUGAUUGUCCAUGUCAACAAGGAUCACCCUCUACUUCAACUACCGUACGAAAAGAUGUCACGUUGGUUCAACCUUCUACAUGUGGAUUAUGUCAUUCUACCGAAGAAUGUUUGUGUAGAGUCGUAGUUGAUCAAGAGGAUAUCAAACCUAUCAUCCCUCUUUCACCCAAUACCAUCUCGUCACCUACCAAAUCGUUCAAAUCGAUAGAUGAUGGAUGUGGAUUAUGUGCAGGAGGAGGAUUCUGCGCUUGUAGAGCUGCGUCAGAUACGCCAAGUAACCAUUCGGGCUCAUCGGGUAUAACGAAGGCUAUUUCAAUAGCCAAUUCCAACUCUUCUUCAUCCCCUGCUACUAACGUCGUACGGGCGACUAGUUCGGCAUCUGCCAUUCCAUUGAGAUUGAAAUCGAAAUCUACAAUCUCUGCCAAUACCAAAUCAUCCAUAUGGACGUUGAACAACGUAACGACGACGACAACUUCACCAAAGAAGGAAGCUGUAUGUACGGGUGAUCCGGAUAAUUGUGAUGCUUGUAGGAACGAUUCGUUUGGUCGAGAGUUCUGUCAACACCUAUUCGAAGAUGCUCAUCCAGAUGCUACGGAGGGAUUAGAAGGUGGUACAAGUGAGAAAAAGGGCUGCGGGAAUUGUUCGGGUCCUAAUGGAUGUAUGUCCAUCAAAUCUUUACUUUCACCAAUUUCCAGCGAACAAGCACGAGCCGUACCUGAACCUGAACCUGGGCCAUUAACCAAUACAAAGAGAUUAAGUACACCUCCAACAGCAGUAUAUGAGGAAGACCAAGAUCCCAAGAUACUCGCACCUCUUCAAAUGGCAUGUUGUGGAAAUCCCGAACUGUGUGGAGGGAAUCAUGGACAUAGUUCAGGAUGUACUGGUGAGAUCGUACUUGGUGGACUCAACUCGAUACAUGAAGAUGAUGAACACGGAUCAGGUGGACCACUUGAAUCCAAUGCAACCAAUGGAUCCAGUGGACCUAUGGUACAUGUACAUAUUGAGAAUGGACAUGAACAUGGACACGAGACGCUGAGGCCUGAUCAAGCUUGGAAACAAUUAAAGGCACAUCCCAAUGCCAAAUUUGCAUCUCUCGCACUAUUAGCAGAUGUAGUAGCUAGACGAACCAAUGUUUUGGGUGGUUUCAACAACAACACACCUUCACCUUCACCCAUGCCCCCUUCUCCCGUCUCUAUAAAUGCCAAACCUACAAGUUCGACCUCAGCUUCAGGUUCAGCUUCGUUGGGCCAUGAUCAUAUCCAUAAUAACAAGAAGAGAGGAUUUGAUAUCGAGACUUCUGCUGUGCGAGAGGCGUUGAAGUAUCUUGAUAAAGCUACGCCUGUAGGUUCACCUGCACCUGAAGAAGGGGAGGAAAGAGAUGGGAAAAGAAGGCGGAUAUAG